UGAAGCCCAAAUUCUACAUCGAUUGCAACGCGAGCGCUAUUUCUGGGUAGCAAAUGCACUUUUUACAUAAUUCGCUGUUGUUGACGUUCGGCUGGCACGUUUGACAGGGAAUGAACGUAUCUGAAGGGAUCGUUCCGUUCCCGAAGGGGCACAACUAACAACAACAUUCACACGUCAAAUGUGACAGCUAGCCCGGAGCGAUUAUUUUUCACGUGUUUUGUGGUGUGUUCGGAACAAUAUCUGUUUCUAUUUCAUUUUUCGGCCAGAAUCCGGCAAAAUGACGAUGGAAAGCGACGAUGAUUUGGAUCACCUUGUUACCAGCCAAGUCAGUGAGGUGCGGAAGACGGUGGCCGUUGUGAAAACAUCCAACGCGGAUGAUGCGCCAUCCGACGAAGAUGAAGCGGCAUCAAUCAAAUCGGAAAGUGACGAUGAUGAAGAGACCGCCGGAGAAUCAUUGAGGCCUCCCCAUACUGAGCUUCCAGAUUCGGAUGUGUCGAUAAAAUCGGAACCGGAAUCAGAAAACGACGAGGACGACGAUGCUGGUGACGCGGAGAAGGAUUUGCUCAUUUCCAACUACCUCAGCGCUCUAAAGUCUUCCAUGAGGGAAGCGAACGAUCAUGGGGAUGAAUCGGAUGACGAGGAUGAUGUGUCGAUCAAGUCGGAAGUGUCCAUAAAGUCAGAGGAUGAAAGUGAAGAUGAAGUUGGUUCCGUAAAAUCUGAGCCCGUAACAGAGAGUGAUUCCGAACUGCCGCAGGAUGAAUCGAACGAGAUCAAGGAUGAGCAGGAGGAUGGUGCAAAGCUGCCCACUGCCGAUAAGAAGCAGCAAAAAGACAAAAAGAAAAAGGAAAAGAUUAAGGGCCAAGGUUCGGACAAAAAGGCGGCAGGAAAGUCACAGGAUCGCUCAGUGAAGAAAGCAAAGGAAGAAAAGGUUUCGGUUCGCUCCGGCAAAAUUAAAUCGAAAGUAUCGAAAAAGAAAGCUAAAGCAUCCGCCAUAGACCAGCCCGGUUCGAUACAGGAAAAAGAGCUUAUGUCGCUUGUAUUCGGUGGCAAGGAGGAGCUCGUAUCGAACUUAACUAAAUCGGAAAAGAAAAGCGACAAAACCGACCCAGCACAGGGCGGAAAGAAGAAGAAAGCAAAGCAAACGCCCAAAAAACGGCGCGCCGUCUGGCACGAUUCAGACGACGACGAUGAGAAUGAUACGGCCAACAUGAAGCGCAACAAAUUCACCUACGACGAGCUGCCGGAACAGCUGACGAAGGAGCGCCGGCGUAAGCAGUUCGAGCAGAUCGUGGGCCAACCAAAGUGGGCCGAUCUGGAUCGCGUCCGCGAGCCCGAUUCCGACGAGGAGAUGCUGCAGACGGUCGGGCACGUCGUGAAGGGUGCAGCGGCGUCCCAGGGCCUGCCGAAGGGUAUGAUCGAGCUGAAGAAGCUGAAAAACCUGAACCGCGAAACGAAGAUCGAAGGCAAAAUCUCCUGCAUCAACUUCCAUCCGACGUCGAUGGUGGCGAUGAUGACGGGGAACCGGGGCCUGGUGUCGAUCGUCGCAGUGGAUGGCGUGCGCAACGAGAAGCUGCACACGCUCUGGCUGCAGAAGGUGCGGAUCAGCUGCAGCCGGCUGUCACCGGACGGGAACGAGGCGAUCUUUGGCAGCUAUCGGAAGUUCUUCCACGUGUACAAUCUGCUCAGCGGUCAGAGCGAUACGCUGAAAAUACCCGAGCGCGACACGUGGCAGAUGAAGAACUUUCGCAUUUCGCGCUGCGGCAAGUACCUGGCGUCCGUCGGCGAAUGUGGCGAGGUGCAUCUGAUGGACGCGAGAACGAAGGAUGUGCUGCAAACGAUCCAGCUGCGCUACACGUGCCAAUCGCUGGCGUUUACGCCCGACUCGCGGUACCUGCUGUGCCACAGCAACGAUACGGAGGUGAGCGUGUUCAGCCUGGAGCAGAAGCGGAUAGUGAACGUGUUCCAGGACGAAGGGUGCGUUAAUGGGUCGUGUAUAGCGAUCUGCCCGAAUGGGCAGUUUGUGGCGACCGGCAGUCGACAGGGGAUUGUUAACCUGUACACGCUGGAUGUGACACUGACGGAGAAGCAACCGGUGCCGGUGAAGACGUUCAACAAUUUGACCACGUACAUCGAUUCGCUCGCGUUCAAUGCGACCUCGGAGUUGCUGGUGAUCGCGUCAUCGACCGUGAAGAAUGCGGUCAGGCUGAUUCACGUCAAGAGCAGAACGGUGUUCCGCAACUUCCCACUGCACAUGACGCAUCUGGGGCACGUCAGUGCGGCCGAAUUUUCUCCCUCGGGAGGAUAUUUAGCGCUGGGCACGAAGCAAAGCACUGUGCUGCUGUUCAGAGUGAAGCAUUACCCAAACUAUUGAGAAUCGGUAAAUAAAGCUAAUGGCACGACCACUGUUUACAUGUGUAA